GCAAAACCGACCUAGUAUUAAGAGAGAGAGAGAGAGAGUGACUCGGUGAGUGACACAGCAAUGGAAGGUGGAGUGGAAUCGGAGCCGACUCGGAUAAUGGUGGGAGUGAACGAGUCAACCAUCAAGGGCUAUCCUCAUGCUUCCAUUAGCAGCAAAGGAGCUUUCGAUUGGACUCUCAACAAGAUCGUUCGCUCCAACACCUCUGGCUUCAGGCUCCUUUUCCUUCAUGUCCAAGUUCCCGACGAAGAUGGUCUUGAUGACAUGGAUAGUAUAUAUGCGUCACCUGAUGAUUUUAAGAGCAUGAAGCAGAGGGACAGGAUAAGAGGGCUUCAUCUGCUGGAGUACUUUGUCAACAGGUGUCAUGAGCUUGGGGUUCCUUGUGAAGCAUGGAUCAAGAAAGGUGAUCCCAAGGAAGUAAUCUACCAUGAGGUCAACCGAGUCAAACCAGAUUUUCUGGUUGUUGGAAGCAGGGGUCUUGGCCCUUUUCAGAAGGUUUUUGUUGGUACAGUGAGUGAAUUUUGCGCUAAGCAUGCCGAGUGCCCCGUGAUCACAAUCAAACGCAAGGCUGAUGAGGCUCCUCAGGACCCAGUUGAUGACUGAUUUUGUACUGGGAUGUGCUCUAUUAUAUUUCACUGUGUCAAUAGACUUAAAACUUUCUGGUGGAAUUUAUAAUUGUUGAUGGAAGUGUGUUGAAAUUUUUCCCUGGCUGGUCUGCCCUACUUCCCUUCUCAAAAAUGUACAAGUAAACUUGGCUUCCGCCAUUUCAUCCACUGCAUUUUAGAGGUCUGUUUGGAGUUAGAUUUACCUGAAAAAUGGAGAACGCAGCCAAUUUGGAUCCCUUAGUCCCUUUGUUUCUAUCUGAACUGACAAUUGUGUUAAAAUUGGUUGUAGGUACAUUGAUCGGUUUCCUGUCAUUUUGACAAUGUGGAUUUAAUAUAGUGAUGUGUACAUGCUUCUGUUUUGUGUUGUCUUGGUCAA